AUGGUGGUCGUCGACAGUGACCCCUUGCAGCUGAAGCUGAAACCUGACUUUCUGAAGGCAUUGCCGCAGGCUGCUCUGACCGGCCUCUUGUGCGAGUGUGCAGCCAGCGGCGACAUCGCUGGCCUUCGGGUUCUCAUCCACGCCGGGGCCGAGGUCAACGCUGCUACUGCCUACGACAUGCGAACGCCGCUGCACUUGGCAGCUGCUGCAGGCAAGCUAGAUGUCGUCAAGUUUUUGAUCGCAGAGUGUGGUGCAUCGUUGCAGCAGGAUAGAUUCGGGUUGCUGCCCAUACACGAUGCUGUCGAGAACAGCCACACAGAAGUGCGGCGCUACCUUCAGAGCCAGAAGCUUGCAGUUCCGCAGCAGUCUCUGCAAAAGCGACGACGCGUGGACUCAGUCGAAACACUGAAUGCGAAUACAGAUCGGGACAACGAUAAUACAGAUGAGCUGAUGGGGACCGUGUUCGAGUUGGUUGUCAAAGAAGGUGUCUUCAGCUACACGACAGUUCAUGCCGAAGUGAAGCACUUCUUCCAGGUGCUCCGGUUUCAUGAAAUCUAUUUCAAGCAUUUCACGCCCAUGCAGAUUGCCAAGCAUGUUCACUGCCUCAUUGCUGCGAAGCAUGUCGCCCGUGCUACUGACGAUAUCGGGGGUCUGGAGUUUGACUUCAA